AUGAUUCUUGAUGCCAGCGAGAUGGUGAGGUUCCUCACAACAUAUCCUCGCUUAGAUCGUCAGCCUUACAACAUGCAUCUCUUGCUGGACAAGUGCAUGUUUGCCCACCAGAGAGAGACAGAAGUAGUUAUCAACUUCCUGCUGUGCACACAAUCUUGUACUAGUAGCUUUGAUGUCCCCCCAAUUGUUGGUCCGAAGAAUGUCGGAAAAAGCAGUCUUGUCGCUCAUAUAUGCAAAGAUGAAAGAGUAAGCGAUUGUUUCCCCCAGAUUAUUAUUUUCAGGCAUGAUUAUUUCAGAACUGAAGAUAUAGCUGCUUUGAGAGAUAAAUGUGCAGCGAGACAUGAGAAAACAAAUGGGAGAUUGCUGAUCAUCGUCGACGUAGUUGGGGAUCUCAACGAAGAUCUGUGGAAAAUCUUUUAUUCUCUUUGUCGACAGAGCACUACAAGUGGUAGCAAAAUAAUCAUCACAAGCCGGUCUGACAAGAUCACAAAGCUAGGAACAGCACAGACUCUAGUACUGAAGCAUCUGUCUCAUGAGGCAUUCUGGUAUUUCUUUAAGGUGAUUACGUUUGGAAGCACGGAUCCCAGGAUGCACCCGACGCUUGUGUGUUUGGCAAUGGAGAUAGCAGAAUUGAUGAAUGCAAAUCUUGUUGAAGCAAACAUCACCGCAUGUGUACUGAGAGCUAAUUUUAACACCAAUUUCUGGUGCAAGGUUCUGACAUUCCGAAGAGGGUACAUACAAAAUCAUCUCUGUAAGUUUGGUGAGCAAUUAUAUGAACUUCUCAGUGAGAAUAGACCUAUGUAUCUUCAACGAAUGGGUAGAAGUACUGAAGAUGUUUUUGUUCUAGACACUAAUCAGACAAGCUCUUCUGAAGAGGAAGUUUCCAAGAUAAAGGCUCUAGAUGUUUGGUUUGGAACCACUAGGCCUCAAGGGAUCUUUAAGAUCCUUGCAUGGAAGUCUCCCAUACCAGCCUACCAUAGCUACAUCCAAACUUAUGAGAUUCGAGAGGUGCAAGCUAGAGCAGUGAAGAGAAAGCGCCAUCUGAUGAACGGUCUUAGACAUGUUUAG